AUGGACCCCCAACCUCAACCCUCGCCCAACAAAUCCUCCUACCUCGUGGGCAUAGGCGUAACCCACUCCAUCGCACCUCCCAUGCACAACCACAUCUUCCGCGCCCUGGGCCACUCGGACUGGCACUUCCAGGCCCGCGAGUGCGCCACCGUGGAGGAGGCGAUGGCGCUCUUCCGGGCGCCGACCUUCAGCGGCGGCGCCGUGGUCACCAUGCCCUACAAGCGGACGAUCAUGGCGCACCUGGACGGACUGGACGAGCCCGCCGUGACGCUGGGCGCGUGCAACAAUGUCUACCGCGCCGCGGACGGCGCCCUUCGCGGCACCAACACCGACUGGCGCGGGGUCCUGGGUUGCCUGGAGGGGGCCAGCGCGUCCGGCAGGGGGAAGCCGGCGGCGAUCAUUGGGGCGGGUGGCGCCUCUCGCGCGGCGGUGUAUGCGCUCCAUGCUGAAUUGAAAUGUUCCACGAUUUACAUCGUCAACCGAGAUGCAGGUGAAGUGAGGGAGCUGGCGGACGAGUGUCAGAGGGUGUACGGCGGGAGAUUAGAGCUCGUGCAUGUGACGCAGGUGGAGCAGGUGGCUGCGCUGCCGGAGCGGCCGUUCUAUGUGGUUGGCACGGUGCCGGAUGCGGAGCCGACUACCCCCGAGGAAGUCGAGGUACAUGCGAUCGUGGAGGCGUUCCUGGCUUCUGCUCCGGCAUCUACAUCUACCUCCGUAGAGGGGGAAGGGAAAGGUGUGCUGCUGGAUAUGUGCUUCAAGCCGCGGCGGACGCGGUUCCUGAAGGCGGCGGAACGGCAUGGGUGGAUGACGGUGGAGGGCACGGAGAUCAUCGGCCAUCAGAUCCAGGAGCAGUACCGGCUGUGGUGCGGGGAGGAGGCGAGUCGCAAUCUCCCGGUGGAGGAGGCGUGGGCGGUGCUGCGGCGGGCGGCGGAGGAGAGUCCGGCUAUCAAUUUUUGA